AUGGUCAAUACACAUUUUCAGCUUCCAUAUUUAAAUACUGAUCAGUGUAUGUUGCGCCAAGGACAGAAAAAACUUGGUUCUUAUGGUUUAAUCUUCGAAAGACCAUUCUUCUAUCUUUGUGACGAAUUAUUAAUUUGUUACCCGAGCCAGCUGAUCGGUAAUAAUAGACGAAAUGGAAUUGUUACAACAGUUCCAUAUCGCCUUCGUGAAGCAAAAAAGAACAAUGUCACCCUACAAUGCGAACAACGACGCAAAGAAUUUUGUAAUGAAGAGAAAAAUAAAAAUUUGUGUAAGAUUGGACAGCCUGGAUCGACUAUUUGGCAUGGAAUUUUGAUUAAGACUGAAAACAAGAAUCAAACCCUAAGUAAUUCCCCUAUUUUUGUAACAACAAUAUUAUUGUCUAUUACAAAACAAAAAUAUGAAAUAAAGGACACAUUGAAAUUCUAUAUGAAAUUUGGCCGUAUGGAAGAUAUAUUCACACGUGUCAUUUUGAACAACGACACUCUCAAAUCAAAACAAGUGUUUCUUGGAAGCGACAAGAAUCUUCUCAAAGAAUACCUUUCCAAAGUUGAUAAGGGGGCAUCUCUUCACAAAUAUGUUGGCCUAUGGGCUCUCGGAUUGGAUUUGUUACCAACAUCGGAAGAACAACAUUUACAUUUAUUUGUUUAUAGAGGAUGUGCUUGCUCAAUUAAUGUUUGGUUCAAAACCCCAACAAUACCAGAAUCAACAAAGCCAGAAAUUACACCAAGGUUGGAGACAGGGUACAAAAAUUGUUCUGCAAAAUAUCCUGAUAAUACUUAUGAAUUGGGAAAUCUAAAGGACGAGGAAAAAAUAAUUAAAUUUUCAAUAAGGGCAAUUAACAACGGAAGUAGUGCCGCAUUUGCAUUUUUUAAUGCGGCUGAUAUGUUUCUAGAAAUAAAUUUUAGAGGCAGAGAAAUAAUAUUUUAUUCAUAUAUGCAUAACAAAAUACCAAAGCCAAUUAGCAAAUUUAUUGAUAGCAAUUUGUUAGAUUUUGGAACAUCAAUAGACUUAACUAUUCGAAUAAGCAAUUAUUAUGUUUGGAUAUUAUUUGAAAGUAAUGUUUUUGUAAAAUUUAUCAAAAAAUUAUGGCCAGACGAUUGGUGGAAUGGAAAAUUUUUAAAUAAAACUAAACUCAAAAUUUUAAUUAGUGGUGAUUUUAUUUUAGCUGCCCCUAUAUUUAUUAGAGUGAUUGAUGAGCAAAGCUUGGAUGUAAGAAGUUUUUAA